AUGAGUCGAGCCGAGCUCAAGCAAGAGUCUGUUCGGCUCCAUUAUCUUUGCGAACAAACUCUUCAUGAUUUGCGUACAAAUUCGGGCGCGGUCGAGCAAGGCCUGUUGGCGGAUUCUGUGCAUUUCGCGCGGAACAUUAUUAUUUAUUUGCACCCUGCGAAAGUAACGGAAGUGAAAAGUUUCUGUAUCAGAGCAGCAACAUCACCACCUCCAACGACGCUGCGAAGGCACGGCCAUGGUUGCAAUCGUGCUCAAUCUAUGUCCAGGAACCGGCAUCGGUCCUUUCUCUCUCGGGAUGCCAAUAUGCGAAGCAUUUGUUCAAAUAGAGCAUCAGCAAAUAUCUAUGAUGUUGUCCAGGUGAAGUACUGCGACGAGGAGCGAAUGGAUUUGCACACUGUAGUUGUGCGGUAGCUACUGCCUGUGGACCUUAUCACGGUCAAAACAACCAUAAUUGUACAGUUGUGUAAAUAUAUUCUGUACUGUUGGUUAUUGAAGCUUGUAAUAUCAAUAUUUUACAUUUUUACUGGUGUUCCUGCUAUGUGAUUCCAUUUGAAUCUGUACACUUGUACAGUAUGUUGCUUUCAUGGCAUUACCAAGGUAUGUCUUCAAGUUCAUAUGGGGUAAAGGGUAUUCAAAGCCCCUUGAACGCAUUGAACAUGCACAGUUGAUGAUUUAUAGGCUCUUACAGUGUCGAGGGUCUUUGUCUACCUGUUGAACUUGUUAUGCUAGUGAACUUUAAAAAUGGACAUUUGCAGUUGCUA